AUGACGGUAAAGCGUUCGAGGGCCCCCACUGCUCUAGACGGCCUGAAUGCCCAGCUUGGCCCCCUCGACCUGUUUCACCUCCAAGAAGUUAAUUUUGCUAUUUUUAAUGAAACGAAAUUACGCCUUGAAGGAGACGCAGAUGACGCAGUGUUGGAGACGCAGAUGACGCAGAUGACGCAGAGUACGCAGAUGACGCAGAGUACGCAGAUGACGCAGAGUACGCAGAGUACGCAGAUAACGCAGAGUACGCAGAGUACGCAGAGUACGCAGAUGACGCAGAGUACGCAGAUGACGCAGAGUACGCAGAGUACGCAGAUGACGCAGAGUACGCAGAUGACGCAGAGUACGCAGAGUACGCAGAUGACGCAGAGUACGCAGAGUACGCAGAGUACGCAGAUGACGCAGAGUACGCAGAGUACGCAGAUGACGCAGAGUACGCAGAUGACGCAGAGUACGCAGAUGACGCAGAGUACGCAGAGUACGCAGAUGACGCAGAGUACGCAGAGUACGCAGAUGACGCAGAUAACGCAGAGUACGCAGAUGACGCAGAGUACGCAGAGUACGCAGAUGACGCAGAUAACGCAGAGUACGCAGAAGUACGCAGAUGACGCAGAGUACGCAGAGUACGCAGAGUACGCAGAGUACGCAGAGUACGCAGAUGACGCAGAGUACGCAGAGUACGCAGAUGACGCAGAGUACGCAGAUGACGCAGAGUACGCAGAUGACGCAGAGUACGCAGAUGACGCAGAGUACGCAGAGUACGCAGAUGACGCAGAGUACGCAGAUGACGCAGAGUACGCAGAUGACGCAGAGUACGCAGAUGACGCAGAGUACGCAGAGUACGCAGAUGACGCAGAGUACGCAGAUGACGCAGAGUACGCAGAGUACGCAGAUGAUGCAGAGUACGCAGAGUACGCAGAUGACGCAGAGUACGCAGAGUACGCAGAUGACGCAGAGUACGCAGAUGACGCAGAGUACGCAGAGUACGCAGAGUACGCAGAGUACGCAGAUGACGCAGAGUACGCAGAGUACGCAGAGUACGCAGAUGACGCAGAGUACGCAGAGUACGCAGAGUACGCAGAGUACGCAGAUGACGCAGAGUACGCAGAUGACGCAGAGUACGCAGAGUACGCAGAUGACGCAGAGUACGCAGAGUACGCAGAGUACGCAGAUGACGCAGAGUACGCAGAGUACGCAGAUGACGCAGAGUACGCAGAGUACGCAGAUGACGCAGAGUACGCAGAGUACGCAGAGUACGCAGAUGACGCAGAGUACGCAGAGUACGCAGAUGACGCAGAUAACGCAGAGUACGCAGAUGACGCAGAGUACGCAGAUGACGCAGAGUACGCAGAUGACGCAGAUGACGCAGAGUACGCAGAUGACGCAGAGUAUGCAGAGUACGCAGAUGACGCAGAGUACGCAGAUGACGCAGAGUACGCAGAUGACGCAGAGUACGCAGAUGACGCAGAGUACGCAGAUGACGCAGAGUACGCAGAUGACGCAGAGUACGCAGAGUACGCAGAUGACGCAGAGUACGCAGAUGACGCAGAGUACGCAGAUGACGCAGAGUACGCAGAGUACGCAGAUGACGCAGAUGACGCAGAGUACGCAGAUGACGCAGAGUACGCAGAUGACGCAGAGUACGCAGAUGACGCAGAGUACGCAGAUGACGCAGAGUACGCAGAGUACGCAGAUGACGCAGAGUACGCAGAUGACGCAGAGUACGCAGAUGACGCAGAGUACGCAGAUGACGCAGAGUACGCAGAUGACGCAGAGUACGCAGAGUACGCAGAGUACGCAGAUGACGCAGAUGACGCAGAUGACGCAGAUGACGCAGAUGACGCAGAUAACGCAGAUGACGCAGAGUACGCAGAGUACGCAGAUGACGCAGAGUACGCAGAGUACGCAGAUGACGCAGAUGACGCAGAUGACGCAGAUGACGCAGAUGACGCAGAUGACGCAGAUGACGCAGAGUACGCAGAGUACGCAGAUGACGCAGAGUACGCAGAUAACGCAGAUGACGCAGAUGACGCAGAUAACGCAGAUGACGCAGAGUACGCAGAUGACGCAGAGUACGCAGAUGACGCAGAUGACGCAGAGUACGCAGAUGACGCAAGACAGGUACAAAGUGUGCAAGUAACAGAUGGUUGA